UAAAGCAAGGUUCAGGGGACAGGAGUCCACUGCCUCUCAUUGGAAUCUCUUUUUUCAUAAAAAUCAAAGCUUUUAAUAACACGAGAGAGAGACAGUGAGAGAGAGAGAGAGAGGGAGAGAGAUGGCGAGAGAGUUUGCAUUGAACACCGGAGCUUCAAUUCCGUCUGUCGGCCUUGGCACGUGGCAGUCUGAACCUGGCCUCGUCGGAGAAGCUGUUGCCACUGCCAUCAAGGUUGGAUACCGCCACAUAGAUUGUGCACAAGUUUAUGGGAAUGAAAAAGAGAUUGGUGUUGUUUUCAAGAAGCUGUUUGAAGACGGUGUGGUGAAGCGAGAGGAUCUGUUCAUCACCUCGAAACUCUGGUGUUCUAAUCAUGCACCAGAGGAUGUACCUGAAGCACUGGAGAGGACUUUGAAAGACUUGCAGCUUGACCAUCUUGACUUGUACCUGAUCCAUUGGCCUGUCCGGACAAAGAAGGGUUCUGCUGGCUUUAAACCUGAAAAUUUCCUCCCAACUGAUAUACCUGCCACCUGGAAAGCCAUGGAAAACCUUGUUGAUAUUGGCAAGACUCGAGCUAUUGGUGUUAGCAAUUUCUCUACAAAGAAACUGGAAGAUUUGUUAAAAGUAGCUCGCAUUGCCCCUGCAGUCAACCAGGUGGAAUGUCAUCCUUCUUGGCAGCAGACCAAACAGAUGGAAUUUUGUAAAGCCAACGGGGUUCACUUGUCUGGAUAUUCCCCUCUGGGUUCUCCUGGCACUAAAUGGCUUAAAAGUGAGGUCCUUAAGAAUCCAGUUCUGGUUAUGAUUGCGGAGAAACUUGGGAAGACUCCUGCACAGGUUGCUCUUCGUUGGGGUAUACAGACUGGUCACAGCGUACUUCCUAAAAGUACAAACGAAGCACGGAUCAGACAGAACUUGGAGGUCUAUGACUGGUCAAUUCCAGAUGACAUGCUCAUUAAGAUCACUGAAAUUGAGCAGGCAAGACUUCUGAGGGGUGAUUUUCUUGUCCACGAAACUCUAAGCCAGUACAAGUCAGUUGAGGAACUCUGGGAUGGAGAAAUCUGAGCAGAAAACUCCAUGAAUUUCAAGAAAUUCACAUAUAUUGAUUUGAAGUAAGCUGCUUCUUGGUCUAAUGAUUAGUGGCUUGUCAUGAAAUGUCGUUGGAUUCCUUUCUUUUAGAACUUUUAUUCGUAUCUCAUGCUUUAUUACCGGAAACCUGCAGUUGGUAGUAUUAUAAUCUCAACUCGUGGAAGAAAUAUAUGUGCUUGUAAUAAAAUGCUCCUAAAUGAGAUUGUUGGGACAGGUAGAAA